UAGCGAAUAUUCGCACCACGGCUGCUGUUUGUUGAUGUUGAUCGCAUGUUUUAGAUUGUGAUGGAUGUUUUUAGAGCUAACUCUCUCAGAUCACAUCAUUGUGUGCAGUUUUUUAGAGUUGUGAAUAAAAGUCAACUGUUUCGAAGUUGGAAAGUGAAACCUCUCCAGGAAUUUUGAAUCAGAGUCCGUUCGCGGAACUGCGAUAACAGCUGUUUGGAAAAUUACUAGUAGAGUCCGGCAAAGCUGUACUGUUUGGAGAUAAAAUCUUAUCAUUUCCAUUCAGAGAUGAAACGAGAGGACCAAGAGUUGUUAGAGCGAGCUGAAGAGAAAGGGAAUAACGAAGAAAAACCUCAGAGUGAAGUUGUCAAACAAGACGAUUUCUUCGAAGAUGAAUUUGACAGAGAGUUUUGGGUCAAGGUUCGUCAGAAACAGAGUGAAGGACUGUCAUGGAGCACUGCUAUGAAUGAGGUGCGAGUUCAAAGAUUGAUCCAGAGAUACAAAGAUAAUGGAAAACUGGACAGUGAGGAUCCUGCUCUUGUGAUGAUAAAAACUUGGCCAACAUCCAGAAAAUACAAAGAUAAUCCUGAUAAACUUCCAGGCCUUGAGCAGCUG